AAGAUCAAGCAGCGCUUCAUCUUCGUCGCCAUCCACCACCGCCAUGGCAUCGUCCUCGAGCUCCCCGUGUGCCGCCUGCAAGUUCCUGCGGCGAAAGUGUACGCCCGAGUGCGUCUUCGCGCCGUACUUCCCGCCGGACCAGCCCCACAAGUUCGCAAACGUGCACAAGAUCUUUGGAGCCAGCAACAUCACCAAGCUGCUCAACGAGCUCCCCCCACACCAGCGCGAGGACGCGGUCAACUCGCUCGCCUACGAGGCCGACGCCCGCGUCAAGGAUCCCGUCUACGGCUGCGUCGGCGCAAUCUCCAUGCUCCAGCGCCAAGUAGCGCGCUUGCAGCACGAGCUGGCCAUCGCCCAGCAGGAUCUCGCGAGGUACACAAGCGCAUCAGUGCCGAUGGUGGCCGUGGCGGCGGCGGCGGCGCAGCAGCAGCAUCAACAUCCACAUCCACAACACCCACAUCCGCACCAGCAACAACACCAGCAAUCGCCGCAAGCUCAUCCACCGCAGGCCGGGGCGGCCCAUCUGGGAAUUGGGCAGCAGCAGCAGCACGAGCAGCAGAUGUUCACGAGGGACCAGCUGCUGGAGAUCGCGAGGGAGCAGCACCUGACGCGGGAGCAAGUGAUGGACAUCGCGAGAAUCGGUGGGGGGUCGUAUGAGGCGGGGCUGGCGGUGCUGGGAUUGAGCCCGCUGGGGCCGUUUGCGGCGUCGUCCACGCGCGGGUCGGGGAGCGAGAGCGGAGCCAGCGGCGGCGGCAGCAGCGGCGGAGGCUUUUAUCACUAGGAGAGAGAUACAUGCUGCUGCUCAGGAACUGGGGAGGGGGGUCCCGGCUUUUGUUUUGAGUCAGGUUGGAGGCAAGCCAUUCACUUCGGGAUCCAGGGCCGUGCCUUCGCACAGGGGUCGGGGUCGGGUGUUUAUCCAGUUGGUGCAUCGUUUUGGCCGGAAGGGGAGUUGGGGGCAUUUUGUACGAGGGAGCGGUGUGGAACAAGGCAAACUUUUAAGCGCACGGCAUCGAAAGUUGAUGAGGAUGGCGUUUGAUCAGUUGACAACAGAGAUGGAAAGGGAGAGCUUCUCUCUUGGGCUCUCGUCUCAGCUCGCAGCAGCAAGCCAAAAGCUACCACCGGAGAUCUCUAUUGCCCAUCGUUCCGAUACUCCACAAGUGAGAGCUCAGUGUAGCAGCAGCAGCAGCAGCAAGCGCAGUGACUCACAGGCAAGCGCAGAAGGCAGCUUUUUUGAUCCAAAGCAUACAAACAAUUCACACUCACUACAUAACACUUCCACUUUGGGUCUACGGACAUGGCGAGAUUGAACGUGAAAGAGACCACACCGUAGGUACGCCUCGUCUUCAUUUUCUUGCGUCCUCGAGAGAGAGAAGGGGGCUAAUUCUCGCAAUUUGUCGCCGUUUCUUCAUUCACAGCUUCCCCCAUUCGGAAUCGGUUUAUAAAAGCCGCCUCUCGGGAGAGGCGAAGCGGUCACAGAGGGGAAGGCAAAAAAGUAUAUACACAGGAGAGGUGAUGGAAGGAUCAUCACUUCAUCAUCACUUCACUUUGGUACUUUCUUACAAGAAAGAGCAGGAGGAGGGACACACAAAGUCCAAGAGAAGGCGAGAGAGAAAAGGUGGGCCUCUUCCUCUCUCUCUCUCUCGUUUCACUUACUACUAAGCAGCAGCAAACGCACCGUGCACGGGCUCAGCGGCAGUGUACCACGUGCAACAACACACACAUACGCAGAGAGAAGCAGUGCGCAGGCUUUCUUGUGCUUGGAGGAGAUGAGAGGCCUCUACCACGGAAGCAGUCCAGUCCAGCCCAGCCAAGCCCAGGCCAGGCCAGGCCAGGCCAGAGGAUGAGAAAGCGAAGAAAUGGAUAGAAAAACAGGGAGGAGGAGGAAGAAGAGGCAAGUGCC